GCCCCGGGAAGGCUGGACAAGCUCCCACCUCCAUUUCAGGUCCGGCGGGGUGACGAGCCAAAGGCUGCCUCGCCUGGUUUGGCUCGCCUCUCGAUUAUUUGAACGCGGUUUGUCAACAUCAGAGGCAAUAAAGAGACUCACUAACUGCACCGGAAAUUCUGUUCGUCAAACCGUCAUCCUAAUCUCGAAAUAACUCCCCGUUUAAUACUACAAGAAUACCACAACCAUGGCAGACAACCAGAACCACGACGACCUCAUUACUCAGUUCUGUAGCGUCACUGGCGCCUCGCCAGAAGCUGCUCAACAAUACCUUGCUACGAACGGAUGGGACUUGUCUGGAGCUGCCACGGAGUAUUUCACUGCAGGAGAAGAGGCGGCUAGAGCUCCAGCAGACGAGAAUGAGGCACCAGAACCACCAUACACCGGACCUCGAACUCUGGAUGGCAGACCCGCACCACAAUCAAUACCAACCGUCGGUUCAAGCUCGAGGUCGGCGCCACCAAAGAAGAAGGGGGGGAUCGCUACAUUGGGGUCAUUAAAUCAGGGUCAAACUGGUUCUCACGCUGGCCAUGGUCACAGCCAUGACGACGACGAUGACGACGAAGAUGAUGACUACCCAGAGGAGGAGCCGAGAGAUCUGUUUGCUGGAGGAGAGAAGUCGGGUUUGGCUGUGCAGGAUCCUGCCUCGAAUCGCAAUGAUCCUCGGAAGGUUGUGAAUGAUAUUCUCAAGAAGGCUAGGGCAAAUGCUGCCAGACCAGGUGGACCAGGACCAGGAGAACCAUCAUCAUCUGCCCCACCAAGUCGAUUCCGUGGUAAUGGUCAAACCCUUGGUGGCGACGACACUCCAUCCCAAGUUAUCCCCGAUCCCCAUGCCAAUACCGCUGCGCCAGAAGGUCCAGUCCAAGUCCGGGUUCUACAUCUCUGGGAGGAUGGUUUCAGUGUUGAGGAUGGGCCUCUUCGCCGUUUCGACGAUCCCGCAAAUGCUACCGACCUCUCAAUGAUCCGUUCAGGCCGUGCUCCUCUCCAUCUCAUGGGUGUUAAUGUCGACCAGCCAGUUGAUGUCCAACUCGUCAAGCAUGAUGAGAACUACAAGGCCCUUCCAAAAAAAUACAAGCCAUUCAGUGGCAGCGGUAACAGACUAGGUAGCCCUACACCCGGUGCAUCAUCCUCGACUGCUGCUCCUGUUGCUUCCUCCCAGCCAAGUGCUGGUGUCGCUGCUAUUGAGCCUAUCAUCGAUCCUUCUCAGCCAACUGUUGCUCUCCGUCUCCAACUUGCCGAUGGUACCAGACUCCCCGCUCGAUUCAAUAUUACCAGCACCAUUGGCGACGUCUACAACUUCGUCAAUGACGCCGCGCCAGGUAGUAGCGAGAGACCUUGGGUUCUGGCCACCACCUUCCCCAACAAAGAUCACACUGACAAGUCUCUUGUCCUUGGUGAGAUGGCCGAAUUCAAGCGUGGUGGAACAGCGGUACAGAAGUGGGUUUAGAGCACCUACAAAUUGAUAUCAAUAUGAUGUUUACGGGGAUAUGAACAAUGGAUGACAGAUGAUGACGAUACUGCAUCCAUUCCAUUUAACUUACAUGGGUGCUACUGAGAGCUGCCAUGAUGGCGUUUGGGAUGACUUUGACAGAUAGAUGGGCCGAUGGCUGGCCCGCCUGGGUAUCUUUCAUGGAUGUGGUGAUGGUCUGGUUUACUUUUAGAUGGUCCAUAGAUAGAGAAGCAAAGCUAAACGGAAUAAAAGUCAGAAUUCUCGAUUAUACAUCCCUUCUCGUCAAAUAGCGGGAUGUCGUAUUACUUUUAGAGCUCUUAGGCUCUUGAUCAUACUUUGAUUUUCCGUGAUUCGGCUCAGUGGACUGAAUAGUUGCGGCAUAGAAAGUAGACAUCUCCGUGCCUAACGAAGACCAGCAGCAAAAGUCGACAUGAAUGAAUGGAUGGUGCUUACCAUACUUAUGCCAUCUUAUGUCGCUCUACCGGACCGUAUGUUGUCAGUCUGCAUCUCCUCAUCGUGUAUUGGUCAACGUCG